AUGGGUGAUACGAAUGGACAAGUAGUAGCUGGUGGCAAUGGCAAAGGAAAUCAAUUGGAUCAAUUGAAAUGGCCAACUGAUGUGUUGAUCGACAAAGAGACGGAUAGUCUCAUUAUUUGUGAUCGAGAUAAUCGACGAAUCGUACGAUGGUCUCGUCAUAGUGGCACAACUCAAGGAGAAAUCCUCAUCGACAACAUCAAGUGUUGGGGAUUGACCAUGGACGACCAGAGAUAUCUCUACAUCUCUGACAUCGGAAAACAUGAAGUAAGACGAUAUCAAAUAGGAGACAAUAAUGGAACUAUUGUGGCUGGUGGCAAUCGCAAAGGUACUGGUCUCAAGCAACUCAACACUCCGACCUACAUCUUUGUCGAUCAACAACAGACAGUCUUCGUGUCAGACAACAAGAAUCAUCGUGUAAUGAAAUGGAAUAAAGGUGCAAAAGAAGGAAUUGUCGUCGCUGGAGGUCAAGGCCAAGGGAAUGCUCUGACACAAUUGAAUCGUCCUCAAGGACUGUUCGUCGAUACAUUGGGUACCAUCUAUGUGGCAGUCUCGUUGAAUCAUCGAGUGAUGCGUUGGCCUAAAGGAGCGAAACAGGGCGCUGUCAUUGUGGGUGGAAAUGGUAAAGGAGCAGGAACAAAUCAGUUCAAUAACCCCGAGGGUUUGUUCUUUGAUCGACAUGGCAAUCUCUAUGUCAUCGAUUGGUUGAAUCAUCGUAUUCAACGUUUUUUAAUCGAAUAG